AUGAAGUUUGCGGUCGAGCGGAGAGACCAGGUCUCGCUGUUGGCCAUUGCCGCUGUCUUUUUGGUGCUGCCGACGAUAGCGAUUAUCCUGCGACUGCUGGCUCGCCGCAUCGCGCACCGGACUCUUGAUGUUAGCGACUACUUGAUGAUAGCCGCGUGGGUGCUUGCUGUCGGCUUCCAAAUUGUAUGCUUUCUAGCUGUGCUCAAUUUUGGAGUUGGCUACCAUGCCAGUGAGAUUAAAGAGAUCUAUGGAGAAAGAGCGACGGAAGGCUUUUCCAUCCUACUAUUUCCGAUUCAAGGGCUCUGGGCAUUGAGUUUGAGCUGCUGCAAACUGUCCGUACUGCUCAUGUACCGGAAACUCUUCCCCGUCAAGAAAGUCAUCCAUGCCGUCAACAUUUCAAUAGCCUUGAUCUUCUUGUUUCUCAUAAUAGCCAUCAUUGGCGGCUGUACCAUAUGCCAGCCCUUUGCGUACAAUUGGGAUAAGACGAUACCCAAUGGACACUGCGGCGACCUCAUUGCCAUUGUCAAGACGACUGGAGCUGGAAACGUCAUCACAGACGUUGCAGCAUUGACCGUGGCUCUGCCCUCGUUGUUUGCUCUAACACUACCAUGCUACAAGAAAUUAGUUCUCAUGCUUACCUUUGGCGUUGGCUUCCUUGCCGUCAUUGUGAGCAUUCUUCGACUCAUUACCCUCGUCACUGUAGACUUUGACGAUCUCACCUACACCUGCGUCGAGGCUCUAAUCUACAGCGCUGUUGAGCCAUCACUGGCCAUUGUCCUCGCGACAAUCCCCAUGCUGCGGCCACUACUUGGUCGAAGCAAGUACUCUGCCAACCGUGAUGGGAAAAGUGCCACGGCGAGGUUCUCGUUCAAGUCGCGAAGCACGGCAAAAGGACCCAACGGGUCCGACGGCUUCGAGCAGUUGAGUGGUAAUACUUCGCAAUACGAACUGCGACCUCCGGGUCCGAAACACAAUGUGCAUAUUUCAGUCCAAUUGCCGAAUUCGCGAGAUUCGAGUACGCCAAUAUCUCCACUGGAGCGAAGAACAAUCAUGAUACAACAUGACUGGGAGGUACGGCAGGAACCCGAAACAGAGGGACCGCGAUAA